AUGGACCCAUUCACGGCGAUAAGGCUCGCAAGUAACAUCAUCACCUUUAUCGAGUUUAUCAUCAAGGUGGCAUGUUCGACGUCGGAAAUUUAUCAUUCGGAGACGGGAGAAACGGAUGAAAAUGCAGCGUUGCUAAAGGCAACGACACAUUUGGAGAAGGCGAGUGGUGAACUUUCCGCCCAGCUUCCCGUACCAUGUUCGUCUCUCGAGAAGAAGGUUGCAGAUAUUGCAUUAGACUGCAAGCGAGAGGCCGAUAAGAUGUUGAAGAUUUUGGAACCGCUUCAGGCUCCCGCGAAAGGAAAAUUGACCUCUGUGACCGUCGCGCUCAGUACAUUUUGGAAGAGGAAGGAUAUCCAGGCCAGGAGCAAAAGACUGGCAGGCCUCCGAUCGACUCUUAUUCUACAGCUUGUUGAUUUGAUUAAUGACCGGAGCUCAAACAUCGAAGAACUGGUAACAAAUCUCACAGAGACUUGUUCGAAGACCUCGGCCGAAACAAUGAGACGGUUAGACAAACUUCAACAUACAAUCAAGGAGCUGAAAGAUAGUACGCAAAAGAAUUCAAAGGAUGUGUCAGACUCCAAGAAGCUUAACAUAGAAUCUCUCGCCCAUAAACUCGACCUAAUCAGAGAGAUCGGUGACCCAAUCGCCAGGGAACAACAAAUCCUCAAAAAUCUCCGCUUUGAGUCGAUGCUGCUGCGUGAGUCGGCAGUCGCAGAAGCCCACGCACAAACUUAUGAAUGGGUUUUUUCCCAUCAGUCCAACUUCCGCCAGUGGAUGUCUCACGGCGAUAAAUAUUUCUGGAUAUCAGGCAAACCGGGCUCAGGUAAAUCAACGCUCAUGAAGUUCAUCAGCCACCACCCAGAAACGGCCACACUUCUCAAAGCCUGGGCAAAUGGUCAGCAUCUUGUAAUCGCGAGCUUUUACUUUUGGAGUUCGGGUACCACAAUGCAAAAGUCGCUCCAGGGCUUGGUCCAGUCCCUGUUGUUCGAGAUGAUGCGCCAGUGCCCCUCAAUUGUUCCAUUGCUAUGUCCCAAGCGAUGGGAAAAUGCCUUCUUAAGCUCUGUUGACGAGCCAUGGACGUGGGAUGAAGUGAAGGCGGCCUUCAAAAUGGCAAUGCAGCAGGACAAUAUGCCGGCCAAAUUCUGCUUUUUUAUUGACGGAUUGGAUGAAUAUAGCGGCGACCCCAAAGAAAUGAUAAAGCUCCUAUCCCGGGCGUGGCAAUCAGCAAACAUGAAGUUUUGCCUGGCUAGCCGCCCGGACAAUAUCUUCCAGAGUUCUCUUGGCUUUCCAAAGGAAAGGAUGCUACGUCUGCAAGACCUGACAAGAGAAGACAUAAGUCGCUACACGCGCGAUACGCUUGAUUCCCACAGAGCCUUCAUCCACCUGAAGUCACGCGACAAGAACUAUGAAUAUCUGGUGAAUGAGAUUGUGGACAGGGCCGACGGUGUCUUCCUAUGGGUGAUACUUGUCGUGCGUUCUCUAAGCGAAGGACUCACGAAUGCCGAUACCGUCUCUAUGCUGCAUCAGCGACUUCAGCAGCUCCCAUCCGACCUCGAGCGGUUCUUCACCCAUAUUCUAGAUGGUGUGGAUGAAACAUACCGGGAGGGAACAGCCAAAGCCUUUCAGAUGGCCAUGGCUGCUGUCUAUCCUCUCCCACUGUGGGCUUUUUCGAUCUUCAACGAAAAUGAAACCGACCUAGCUUGCAAGACACCAAUGACAGCGGAUGAGAUACGUGAACAAACAGAGCUUCUCAGUACGCGGCUCAAUGCUCGCUGCAAAGGUCUACUUGAAGUAAGGCUUUCAAGCUCAAGUGAUUAUCCAGACUUGCACCGAGUCAAGUUCCUGCAUCGAACAGUCCGAGAUUUCCUCCGAGUCAAGAGUCUAGACUUGCUCAUACCGAGGCAACACAUCCAUUUCGACGUUGACAAAGCUAUUUGUAUGGGCUUCCUUAUGCAAAUUAAGCAGCUGCACCUCCCCAAUUCUCAAAGCCCCUACGCAAAUGACAAAAUGUUGGACACGGCUUUGAAUGAUCUCAUAUACUACGCAAAUCUGGUGGAAAACCGGACAGGACAGCCCCCAGUUGACAUUCUGGAAGAAUGCUCGCGAUGUUUUUCAAAGACACCCGCCCAGGGUCAUAAGACCUUCUACCACUACGUCGUCCGCGAAGGUUUAUUCAAGUACCUCCAACACCUUCUGCGCUCCAACGCCAACUUUCUCCGGACUGUCGGUGGAGAGCCUCUCUUGAGCAUUGCGUUAACAUCAACCGCUCAGCAAUCCCAAGGGAGCAGAUAUAACUACGAGCUGAAUCUCCCCGUCGUGCAAUUGCUUCUAGACCAUGGGGCCGACCCAAACCAAUCAUCUUACUAUUCGGACGGAUCAGUUUGGAAAUAUUUUGUGGGUUUCCUCCAAUAUUCGACGGCCGGUGGAUCGAUUGAUCAAGAGGUCAAAGCCCAGGCAUUCAGAUUGAUGAUUAGCGCUGCUGCAAACAUGAACAUCGAGCUCUCAGAAAGACGAGAAUUAGAACAAGUAGUGUAUAGUACUUUUUCCUGGAACGAGGCAAAGCCUCUCAUCCAGUUCAUACGAGACUUGGAGCAAGGUGACUACCUCGAUUUAUACCCUACCCCAAUCUAUUGUGGUUUGACUGACUGUUGA